UAAUUUAUUUAUUAUUAUUUAAUAUUUUAUCCUUAUUAAAUUUUCAACAUCUUUGUUUAUUUAAUAAUUGUAAUACUAAGUUAAAACCGAUUCAUUUCAAUAAUAGUCUUUAGCGCAAAAUUAUGAUGAAGUGUAAUAUUUGUGAAGUUAACGAAUCUAAGUAUAAAUGUCCAAAAUGCAGAAACGUCAAGUAUUGUUCAGUUGCAUGUUACCAAAAUCAUCUAUCAGGUGAUUGUACAAUAAAUAACCAAGAUGCAACAGUUGAAAUGGUGAAAAAUGAACAACUGUAUCCUACUGAAGAUACAAUUCCAUCAGAAAAAUUAAAUUUACUAUGUUAUGAUAAUCGCCUAAGAGAAUUAGUUUCUGAUUCUUAUUUACAAAAACUAUUGGAAAAAAUAGACAACAGUACUAAUCCCAAUGAAGAAUUGGAAAAAGCUAUGAUUGAACCUAUAUUUGAAGAAUUUGCUAUAAGGUGUUUGGAAGUUGUUAAGGAUGAAAAUGCAAUUGAAGUUUAAUCAAUUAAUCAUUGGAAAAUUAUUAAAACUUUACAAUGUAAAUAGAUUUAAGAACAUA